AAAUAAUCAUAUAAAAACUAUUGUGUGUGAGGGAAUUGGUGAUUUCUUUUUCAUUAAAGCUAAACUGAAUGAGAGAUUAAAAUAAUAGACUAAGGGAAGGUCUGAAGUCUCAGGCCUUAGGGAUCUUUAGUAAUGAACUGAACAGCCUUGUCUUCUGGGUGUUUUAAAUGUUCAUCUGCCUAAAGAUGGGACUGGACCAGUGAUCUCUAAGGGCUCUUUCUAGUUCUAAGAGUCUGUGAUUAGUAAUAAUCAAAAGAGGCUCCCAUCCAUGUGAGACACAAUGUUUUACUUUAGAAAUCAGACUAUACCACAUAUCAUAAACGAAUAGGAAAUAUACCCUUGUGUUUAAUAUGAUGCCCCUUACCACACCUAAGAGAUAAGCAUUCAGUCCUUACUCUUAAGCUUCUAAUAAUGAUAGCUCAUUUCUGUAGAAGUUUAAAGUAUAUAGAGCACUUUCCUUACAACAAUCCUAUGAGACUGGUAGUGUAAAUGUUGUUAUCUUCAUUUUGCUGAUGAGGAAACUGAGUUAAUGAGAAGUCCAAAUUUGUCCAAAAUUUGUCCAAAUUUGUCCAAAAUUAUGCAGCUAGCCAAUGCAUGUCACACAGAACCCACAUUCAAACUCAGGCCUCUCAUCUCCAGGUCCAGUGCUCUUUUUAUUAAAGCACAGUAUCAUUGCCUCUACUUUUUCACUUUCUGGCUUCUAUCCAUCCUCAUUCUACUGAGACUAUUCUUUUCAAGUUCACCAUUGGUUGUUUGUUUUUUUUCCUUAGUCUUCAUCCUUCAUGACUUCUUUACAUUCCCUUCUUCUCAAUACUCUCACUUUCAUUGUGCCCUCCUGGUUUUCUUCCUGUCUGUCUUCUUAUUGAUGCUCUUAGUUGGUUCCUCAUCUUCCUCAUUUGUCACAUGUGGUUGAUUAUGUUUGUACUACCCUCUUCAUAAGAUUUUUGUAAGGAAAACACUUAGUAAUACUUUAAAGUGCUAUAAAACUGUAUUGUUAUUUGUAUCUUAUUCAAAGAGGAAAAUGAGAGGCACACUUUCUCCUGUGUAGAUUCAUUGGCUAUAGUGUUUCUUCUAGAAUCUUCCCAAUGCUCAUUUUAUUUUGAGGCUGCUGGAGUUAGCUUUCAAAUUCUUGUCUUCUAAGUUUCACAAACCAAAGAAUAGUUACUGUUGAAGCUAAUUCAUAUGACAUGGGGAAGAAAGAUGUGAAAAGCAGGGUUACUUUUGACAGUGUUACCCCAGCUGCCUAGCAAAUUACUACUAAAUAAUAUCUAUUUUAUACUGAAGGACCUGGGUGGUCAUGUGGUACUCUAAUGCUGUUCUUUGGGUGUGAAUUGAUGUGGCUAGUUGUAAUUCUUGACAAUUUUUCUGGUGACUGACUUGUAAUGUUUUGAGAUUUUGAAAUUUUAUAAGCCUGAUAUGAUAUUUCCUUGUUUUCAUAGGUGGGUUGAUGCUGUUUGGAAACACUGACAUCCCUAUGUUAUAUAAGAGACUAACUUUCAGUGAAGGAAGAGAAUGUCUGGGUUCUUUGUAUUAAUAUUUAAUCCUGACUUAGAAGGCUUUGUUGUGCUUGGGGAUUGUACAUGGCUACUUGUGAUAGAUAAACAGGAGUGAGCACCUGUUGGGGAGCAAAGAAGGCCCUAGAUGUUACAAUCAGUAGGAUCCAUCCUCCCUCUUCUGCAUCCCCUUCAUUCUGCAGGAGCUCCCCGCCAUGACUCAGCAAGUACUCUUGGCCUUCAGAAAGCCUAAGUCAUGGUUUCCUGGUUUAUCUAUUAACUUUAGAGCUUGAUGGUCCUUUAAGCAUCUCCACAAACAUCUCACAGCUGCUGUCUCCACCCAGUCUGAUCUGGGGCACAUGACUCACCCUGGUCUGUACAUGACUGAUAAUUUUCAGGUUUUCACAAAUGAAAGGAAAUAGAUUUUACUAAUAUCUCUUAGUACUGAGAGAUACCUGAUACCUCACCAUUUAAAAGCAAAAUACAGGAUUACAAAUAAGAACUAAUAAUAAUAAUAAUAGUAGAUCUAUAGAGAGAGCUUUAUGGUUUACCGAGCACUUCAUAUACAUGAUCUCAUGUUCACAAUACCCGGUGGUGUAUAUAUAGUACAAGCGUAAUUUCCUCCAUUUUACAGAUGAGGACACUGAGGCUCAGAAGUGAAAGGACUUGCUCUAGGUUGCACAGAUAGCCAAUGCAGACCCUUCUGUGAUAAACUGCCUACAUAACUUGUCCCGUCGAAUUGCCAUUGUGCUUCAGCAUGAAGAGAGGCGCUGCCAGUACCUGACUAGGGAGGCCAAGCUGAUCUUAGCCAUUCAGGAUGAAGUAUCUGCUAUGUCUGACAGCCCACAGUCUCCGUUUCAUCACAUUCUUCCAAAGUGUAAGUUGGCCAGGGACCUCAAGGAGGCUUAUGACAGCCUCUGUACCACUGGUGUGGUACGGUUACACAUCAACAAUUGGCUGGAAGUGAGCUUCUGCCUGCCUCAUAAAAUCCAUUAUGUUGCAACAAAUUUUAUACCUCCUGAAGCCAUUGAAAGAAGCCUGAAAGCUAUCCGGCCUUAUCAUGCUUUAUUGCUGCUCAACGAUGAGAAGUCCCUACUCAAUGAACUCCCAUUAGACUGUUCUCCUGCCCUUGUGAGAGUGAUUAAGACCACCUCUGCUGUGAAGAAUCUGCAGCAGCUCGCUCAGGAUGCUGAUCUGGCUCUGCUGCAGGUUUUCCAGCUUGCCGCCCACUUGGUAUACUGGGGCAAGGCCAUUAUCAUUUACCCACUGUGUGAGAACAACGUCUACAUGCUGUCCCCCAACGCCAGUGUGUGCCUAUAUUCUCCACUGGCUGAUCAGUUUUCUCGGCAGUUCCCUGCUCAUGAUUUGCCAUCUGUUCUUGCCAAAUUCUCAUUGCCAGUUUCCCUAUCAGAAUUCAAAAAUCCUCUUGCUCCACCAGUGCAGGAGACACAACUCAUCCAGAUGGUGAUUUGGAUGCUUCAGCACAGGCUUCUGAUCCAACUACACACAUAUGUUUGCCUGAUGGUGCCCCCCAACGAAGAAGAGAAUCGAACACGAGAGGAUGAUGUCCCCUUCACUGCCCGUGUUGGAGGCAGGAGCCUCAGCACACCCAAUGCCCUGAGCUUUGGCUCACCAACCAGCAGUGAUGACAUGACCCUCACCAGCCCCAGCAUGGAGAACUCCAGCGCUGAGCUGCUUCCCAGUGGAGACUCUCCACUGAAUAAGAGGAUGACGGAGAAUCUGUUGGCUAGCUUGUCAGAGCAUGAGAGGGAAGCCAUCCUCAACGUCCCUGCUGCUCAGAACCCUGAAGACCUCCGCAUGUUUGCCAGGCUAUUACAUUAUUUUCGAGGUCGUCAUCACUUGGAGGAAAUUAUGUACAAUGAAAACAUGCGACGAUCCCAGCUGCUGAUGCUCUUUGACAAGUUCCGAAGUGUGCUGGUGGUCACCAACCACGAGGACCCAGUUAUCUCAGUUUUCCAGUCACUUCUAAAAUGAAUGGGAAGUUAGUCCCCUGCUCAGAGGAGCACUCACCCUGGAGAAUUCUUUGAACUACCAAGGGCCAGAGAAGAGGGGGAGGCAUUCCACAAAAAGAGUGGCUCUCUUGGGACCAUGGCUAGUUUCUCCUCAAGCUCCAAGCUGGGUCUUCUCAUUAUUCCUCCUUUUAAGAAGCAGCAGUGCCUAUGUGGGUUCCUAAGGAAUACAGUAUUAGUGGAAUCUAAAGGUCUUACUUAUUUGGACGUUGAAUUCUGGACAUAGAUGGAGAAGGGAUAUUUGGUGACUCAAUUAGCUUAAGGAAAAUGUCCUGAAAUAACAUGAUCUUAAGUCACAUGCUGGCUUCCUAAUCUGGAAUCAACUGUAGGCUCCAGCUUAGCUUGAGCCUGCUGCUACAUACGGUGGCAUGGGAGCUCCCUCCAGCCAUCAGCCCUUCUUCUUAGAUUGCCAGGCAUUCCUGGACCCAUCACCAUCCUAUAUCAUCACUGGUUGGUGGGCUGGGAGAAACUAAGAGGCCUUCCUUUUCCUGCUUAAUAGCAUGUGGUUUUUUAAGCUUUCUUUUAAAGGCUAAUCACCCCAGCCCAACUGUGGUUCAGCCUCAGAGCUAAUGGAGGGUUGAAGAUGUUAUAGAGGAGUGAAAGGGCCAGGAGUCAACUUCCUAGCUGCUCUGUCCGAUCAUGCCUUCCCUUAGAACUAUCAUUCAGCUUCUCCAAGGAGCACACCCUGCCCCUUGAUUCAGUCCCCCCACCCCAUAAAAGCCAUUACAAAAAAUCUGGUUUAACCCUUUGGAACCCUCCCAUACCAAUAUAGCCUGAAUGAAUUGAUAGCAAGGGGCUGCAGCUGGCCAGGACACCAGUAAAUAGCAGCGCUAAGAUAAUGGGAAAACAUGAGUUUCCCUCCAUGCUGUGGCAGCCACCCCUGAUGAGAUUCACAGCCAAUCAGAUCUUUUUUUUUUCCCCCAAAGCCUCUCCCAGACUCUGUCCAUGGAAUAAAUAUAUUUCUGUGCUGUUAUGGUAAAAUGCUUAACUAGGCAAUGACACUGGGGUCUCUUUAUAUUAGAUGGUUUUUGCAUCAUCUGCGAGCUGGCUAGAUUAUUCCUGGACCAGCAGCAUUGAAAACAGUUCAAUGCCUGCUCUAGGUUCCCUAGGAAGAUUCACUUUGGUCCCCAGGGCAGACUUGGAUGAGGCCUACCAAGAUAUCUUGACUGCAGGUGGCAGCAUCAGGGCUAAAGAGAAAAGGAAGGAUAUGACCCAGAUUGUGGCUCUGGUGGUAUCUUCAGAUGCCCAGGGCUACUGUCCUGCUGUUUGGGCAAGGCCACAGAAGUCUGAAAUUAGAAAGUCAAAUUGCUUUAAAAGGAGAGGGUUAGGUACCUCUUACCCAUAACUUAGAAGCCAGAGGGGCACAAGCCACACUCUCCGUGAAAGCUGCUGACAUUCCUGCCCUAAAACACCACACUAAAAAAAAAAAAGGCACUAAUAUGUACAUGACUCACCUAACAUUGUUUUGUGGAAACAAGAAUUUAUUUUUCUAAACCUCUAAAAAUCUUUGCUGUAGCCUAGCCAAGCUUGACACCAGCAGUAGCAGCAGCAGCUCAGCUUCCCUAGCUGGGCCCUAGCCACUGGCCUGCAUUUCCCGUUCUACUUUCCGAUCUACCACACUGACAUAAGGGUUGCCUUGGAUGUAGAAUCUGAGUGGCUUUUGGGCCCACUCUCCAGCAUAGUUGAUACCAAUCCGGGCUGCUGCCACCACAGUAUCUUCCCCUGGCUUUUCAGGGCCCUCCUCUAGCCAAAUGGUUUCCUCUUCUGCCAGGUCCUUCUGGUCAAGGCUCUUGUCAAUGGCCAGGGCUUGACAUAGCUUAGAGGGACCAUUGCAAAGUUCUCGGUCCUUAAGGGCCCUGGCAGCUCCUUUACGGUGGGCAUUUCGAAGCUGCCGCAUUAUCUCCAGGCCUUCCACUGGCUCCAGGGAACGAAGAAGGAUGCAUGCCCCUUCACCUGUAGACAGUAUAAACAGAAGCCUUGAAUUAAGGGGAUGUGAAAAGGAUUUCUGAAGAGUUUCUGCUAGUGAAUCAAGAUGACAUGGGGGUGGGGAUGUGUGGUCAGAACUGUGUUAUCCUUAGAUAAGGAUGGGAAAUGCUGGCUGGAAAUUAAUCUUGCUAGAGCAGUGACUUGUGAUUCUAUUUUCUCAAAGCAGUGAAAUACACUUUUUAGCCUUA